AUGGGCUUAGCGCACGAAGAUGUGGAAAGGGAUAUACCUACAAGCAUUACAAGUGCGCUGAUGGCUACAAAGUCCAAUGCGGAAAGUCUGGUGGCAAAAUGUACAGCCGAAAGUCUGCUUUGGGAGUCCUUGCAUCUCCUCGUUGCGGCUCCCCGUUUAGGGAAGCCGGUAACAAGCUCACCACAGACCGCAAUUUUAGGAAAGCGAUGA